UUUCUACACUCUGCGUGUUGAGGGAGAGAAAGAGCCAUGGGCAAGGUGAAGGGCAAGCAUCGUUUGGACAAAUACUACCGCCUAGCCAAAGAGCAUGGCUAUCGCUCUAGAGCCUCAUGGAAGCUCGCUCAGCUCGACACCAAGCACCAGUUCCUCCACUCCUCUCACGCCGUCCUUGACCUCUGCGCCGCCCCCGGCGGUUGGAUGCAAGUCGCUGUGCAGCGCGUGCCCGUUGGCAGCCUUGUCGUCGGCGUCGACUUGGUCCCCAUCGCCCCGGUCCGCGGCGCCUUCUCGAUCCAGCAGGACAUCACCAAGCCCGAGUGCACGGCCAGGCUCCGGAAGCUGAUGAAGGAGAACGGUUGCUCGGCUUUCGAUUUGGUGCUUCAUGAUGGGUCGCCUAAUGUCGGUGGGGCCUGGUCUUCGGAGGCCACUGCGCAGAACGCUUUGGUUGUUGAUUCGGUGAAGUUGGCUACCCAGCUUUUGGCUCCCAAAGGCACAUUCAUCACCAAAAUCUUCAGGUCGCAAGAUUAUAAUGCUGUCUACUAUUGUAUGAAGGAGUUAUUUGAGAAAGUUGAACAGGAUAAACCAGCAGCUAGUCGUAGUUCAUCUGCUGAGACAUAUCUUUUGGGUUUUAAGUACAAGGCUCCUGCAAAGAUUGAUCCGCGUCUACUUGAUGUGAAGCAUCUAUUUAAAUCUGUAGAACCUCAGAAGAAGGUGGUGGAUGUACUAAGAGGAACAAAGCAAAAAAGACACCGUGAUGGGUAUGAAGAUGGCGACACAAUUUUGAGAAAAGCAUCUUCGGCUGCUGACUUUAUUUGGUCUGAGGCCCCUCUUGAUAUCCUUGGUUCCGUUACUUCCAUAAACUUUGAGGGUGAGGCAUCUUUGCCCAUCAAGGAGCACGCUCUAACAACGGAAGAGGUUCAAACUCUCUGUGAUGAUUUGCGUGUUUUGGGGAAGCAAGAUUUCAAGCAUCUUUUGAAGUGGCGGGUGCAGAUUAGAAAGGCCUUAUCUCCUGAGAAGGCUAAUGCUUCUUCUGCCAAGGAAGUUGAAAAUGAGGAGAAUAAGGAGGAUGACGAAGACAAAAUACUCAAUGAAAUGGAGGAGCUGACAUAUGCUAUGGAGCGCAAGAAGAAACGUACAAAGAAGCUUCUAUCCAAAAGACGAGCUCAGGACAAGGUACGGAAGGCAACAGGGAUGCAAAUAGAUGCACUGCAAGAUGGUUAUACUGACAAUGAGUUAUUUUCUCUCGCUUCCAUCAAGGGUAAGAAAGAUCUGGUAGCCGUUGAUUCCACUGAAUAUGAUGGUGAGAAUGGUGACCUGGGAGAUAGUGAAAAUGAGGAAAGCCAUGAGCAAACCCAAGAAGAAUCAUCUAGUGAUAUAGACUCUGAUGAGGAACGCCGGAGAUACGAUGCACAAAUGGAAGACCUUCUCGAUCAGGCUUAUGAACAGUAUGUGUCGAAAAAGGAGGGAAGUGCAAAGCAGAGGAAGCGUAUAAAACAAGCGAAUUCUGAAGACGCUCAACUUUUGGAGGAUGUUGAUGGCAGUGAUAUGGUUCAGUCUGACUAUGAGUCAGACAAGGAGCAGGGUGGUCAGGAAAAGAAUCCUCUCUUGGAAGCACUUGAUGACGGGGAAGGGCCUACUCAGGAAGAGAUUACAAAUAACUGGUUUAGUCAGGAUAUCUUUGCCGAAGCUGUAGAGCAGGGGGAUUUGGAUAAGUCUGAUAGUGAAGAUGAAAUGCAGGUUGAAAGGCAGGAGAAACCUUCCUUGGUAGGAAAGGCCAAGGAGAAUAAUGCAAUUCAAAAUGUUAAGAAAAAGAUUGAAAACGAUGCUGCAGGGUCCAAUCACCAUCAAGUCCAAGCUUCAAAGGCAGAGGACGAUUUUGAGAUAGUACCGGCUCCUGGUACAGAUUCAAGUGAUGACUCAUCAUCAGAUGAAUCGGAGGAUAUGGAUAUUGAUAAGAAAGCCGAGAUACUGGCAUGUGCAAAGAAAAUGCUGAGGAAAAAGCCAAGGGAACAUAUGCUUGAUGAUGCGUAUAAUAAGUACAUGUUUGAUGAUGAGGGCUUGCCCAGGUGGUUUUUGGAUGAGGAAAAGAGGCACCGCCAACCAAUCAAACCUGUGACCAAAGAAGAGAUCAAUGCAAUGAAAGCGCAAUUUAAAGAAAUUGAUGCCCGGCCUGUGAAGAAGUUGGCAGAGGCUAAAGCUCGAAAGAAGCGGGUUGCCUUUAGGAAGCUUGAGAAGAUUCGUAAGAAGGCAAACACGAUAUCAGACCAGGCAGACAUCUCUGAUCGUUCAAAGAGGAAGCAAAUUGAACAAAUGUAUAAGAAGGCCGAGCCUAAGAGGCCUCAGAAGGAGUAUGUGGUUGCAAAGAAAGGAGUUCAAGUCAGGGUUGGCAAGGGUAAGGUCCGUGUCGAUCGACGGAUGAAAAAGGAUGCAAGGGGUAGCGGGGCGGGUAAAAGGCCAGGAAAAGGCAAUUCAAAGAAAAGUAAAAGUAGUGGCAAGGCUCAGAAAGGCAAGGGGCCUGGAAAGGCUUCAGCAAAGUCAGGAAAGAAGGGUGGCAGAUGAAAAAAAUAUGGGCAUGACGGAGCUUCCUUUUAAUCAAUAGGUGUUCGCAAAUUUCCAACAUGGUUUUUGUUUUUCCUUUUUUUAUAUUUUGUUAUUCCAUUUUUGUUUAUUGGAAUAAGCUAUAAUUGUGAGUUGUUUGUUGUAAUCAUGGUUCAAAACAUUAAUCCCUCAGUAAACCAAACUGUUUUAUUUUUUCUUCUGGCGGUGCUCAACAUAUGUUCUGGUGCACUCCAACAAAA